CGCACGCUAAACACACAGGCUGUUGGUCCUCCACACAGAAGAGUUGAAGUUUCAUAUCAUGCAAACUGCAGUUGUCUUCUGUUUCUUCGCUCAUAAAUGGAGGGUCCUUAUGUGAGGAUUUUCUUUUGCACCCAGGACACUCCUGAGUUUCAUUGGUUUUCCAGAAUAGUUGAAGACACUCUUUACAGAAUCUGUGACUACAUGAUAAGGCAACAGGAUCCUUGAAGUUUUCAUGACACACUGGACAUGUUCAACAGAGAGUCAAAAUGAACUGAGGAUAGUCCUGCUGGGAAAAAGUGGAGUUGGUAAAAGUGCAACAGGAAACACCAUCAUUGGAAAAAAAUUAUUUAAAGUUGAAAUUUCUCAAGAGUCUGUUACUAAAGAGAGUCAAAGCGAAACAAGUGAAAUCAAUGGCCGACACAUUACUGUAAUCGAUACUCCAGGACUGUUUGAUACUGAAUUCACUAAUGAAGAAAUCCAGAAGGAAAUCAGCAACUGCAUCUCCAUGAUUCUGCCUGGACCACACGUGUUCCUCAUUGUGCUCAAUUUAGGACAGAGAUUCACUCAAGAAGAGGCUAAAUCAGUGGAGAUCAUCCAAGAGACAUUUGGAGAAAACUCUUUAAUGUACACCAUGGUGCUCUUUACGAGAGGAGAUGAUCUGAAAAAUAAAACCAUUGAUCAGUGUUUGGGGAAACCUGGAUCUCCUCUAAUGAAGCUGAUUGAAGCUUGCGGAAACAGAUUCCAUGUGUUCAACAAUAAUCAGACUGAAGACCGAACACAAGUGUCUGAUCUACUGGAGAAGAUAGAUAACAUGGUGAAGGCAAACGGAGGAGGUUUCUACUCUUGUAAGAUGUUCAGACAGAUGGAGAGAAAAAAGCAAGAACAACAGAUGAAGAUCCUGAUGGACAGAGUCAGAGAAAGGGAACAACAGAUCAUCAUGCUGGAAGAAGAGAUAAAAAGAGGAAGGGAGACACUUGCAGAUGAAGUUGAAAAAUGCAGGCAGGAAAAUGAAAGGCUUCAAAACAAAUAUGAAGCUGAAGAAAAGACAGUGAAGAUCUUCAUGGAGAGAGUGGAGCAAACUAGCAAAGAAAAAGAGGAAAUUAUGAAAAAAGCAGAACAAGAGAAAGAGAAAAUGAAGACGAUAAUAGAGCGUGAAAGACAGAAUCAAGAAAAAGAAAAAAAGGCAAGAGAGGAAGAGGAUAAGAAAAGGUGGGAGAGCAAAAAAUCGAUUUCUGUUGAGCAGUUCCAGAAACUCAAGUGUGAGAUGGAGGGAAUAAUCAAAGAUAAAGACAAAAUAGAAAACGAGACACAAGAACAACUACAUGACUUAAAGAAGAGACUGAAGGAGGAAAGAACUAUAAAAGAAGACCAACUAAAGAUUUCCGAAGUUAAACUGAAACUUCUUAAAGAACAGCACGUAGAUGAACUAAAGAGAAGACGAGUGGAGUGGAAAGAGGAAUAUGACAGAGAGAAAGAGACAAAGAAGAGAACCAACUCUGAAAUGGACGAUCCAUUACAAGCUACAGCCUACAGGAGACUGGAGACCGAAUACAGCAAGUGGUCCAGGAGUCUUUGCACUGCCAUGAUGGAAAUAGAGAGCAAACUACAGAACCGCAUAAAAAAUGAAGCAAUUCAGGAGAUUGAGGAAACUGAUCUUUAUCGACAACUCAAGAAAACAAGUGAAGAAGUGGAAAAAUCCAUGUCUGAAUACUUUGAGAAUGUCCCAGACGCAGAUAUACUGAUUCAAUGGAAGCCAUCGUUUGAAAUCCAAAUCAAAGAGCUUCAGGAAAACACUGUGAGAGAAACAAAGAGGAAAUUAAAUGAGAUUCUUCAACAGCGAGAACUGAGGGGGAAAUAUGAUGAUCAGAGGAAGCAUCAUGAAAACACCAUCUAUGCAGAGGUUAAGGAACUUGCAUUACAAUUCAAAGGCAAAGAAAACAAUGAAGAAAAUCUCAAGAAAGAAUUUGAUUUGUUUUGGGAAAAGACUGUAAACUGGAUCAGAGACACUCCAGAUGUCAAAGACAUUGACUUGAAGAAGGAUGCAAGACUCUUCCUCAGUGAUGUCUACAAAAGUCCUCCAUUAAACUAUUGGAGUGACAGCAGAGAUAUUCUCUUUCUGCGGAGCUACUCAGAAUAUAUACGAUUAAAAAGAACAAGUGGAUUUACAUCACCUAUUGAAAGCGCUAUUAUAUCAGUUAAAGAAAUGUUUAGUUAUGUCUUGUCUCCAGAGGAUGAAGGUCAGAUCCGAUCUUUCGUAUUAGACGUUGUCCAGCAGACAGACAAAAUGAUUUAUUCAUUUAACAUUUCAGAGAUGGGUUACAACAGCGCAUACACACAACUACUCACGGAUUACAUCAGGACAAGAGUGACAGAACAUGAGGAAGGACAAGUGAAGUAUGUGUUCAAAAAACAAUUCUUCAUUGAUUUGGUUUAUUCCAUUUGCAACAGAGCGAACAAGAUGAUCCCUGACCAACACAGACUGUUCAGAGAAGCCAAUGAUCCUUGUCUCUAUUUGAAGAAGAAGAGAGAAGAGUACUAUAGUACUUUCAAUAAAUACUGUCAUGGAGCAACAUCGUCUGCUAUAUUGGCUGAGAUCAUCUGUCAGAAACUGAAGGAGCCCAUAGAGCAGAGCGUCUACAAGAAAACCGCCAGUGAUCUGACAGAUGACAUGAGAUUAAACUGUGAAUCACUGAAUGGAAACAGAUCAAAUCUGGAGAAACACAUCCUGAAGACACUGGCAGAAGAGGAGGACUUUGACAAAUACAUGAGCUACAUUCAUUAUCCCAGAGAUCACUUCAAGAGUUUCAUCAGAGAUGAAGUCAGUCGGUACGUCACUGAUAAGUUCAGCAUCAGUGUUUUACCCAAGAUGAAGGAGAACAUUGAACUCCUCCAACAGAAGAUCUUAAAUGCAGCACAUGAAUCUACUAUACAUGUUCAAGUCAACAGUGGAGAUGUUGGUUUGUGGUUGAACAGUUUCACACAGCAGCUCUCAGAUCAGCUGAUCUUCUCUGAAAAAGACCUCAGUGGAGUCAAACAUGAUGAUGUUGAUGAUUUCAACCUACUUGAAGAUAUGAUCAGACAAGAACUUACUCAUGUAAUAUCAGACAUCAGCAGUGAAUUCAACACAGAGACGUUUCCAGUAAAUCUGGACCAUAAGUUCAGGCCAGAAGAAAUUCUGAUUGGUCACUUCUGUCAGUGCUGUUGGCUUCAGUGUCCGUUCUGUAAAGCCGUCUGCACAAACUCCAUAGAAAACCAUGAUGGAGAUCACAGUGUUGCUUUCCAUAGAGUGUCUGGAAUUAAUGGAACGUGUUUCAAUCCAACACAGAAUCUAUGUGUUGAUAUUUGCACACAUUUUAUAGCAUAUGAUCUGAGUUUCCGUACACCAGACGGAAAGUUUAUUUGGAAGGAAAUCAAACUAGCAGGACACCGAUUUGACAUCUGGAGCAUCACUCCUGAUCUUUCGGAACUGCCCUACUGGAAUUGGUUUGUGUGCAAAUUCCAGAAACAGCUGGAAAAAUACUACAAUAAAACGUUUGAUGGACAGGGUAAAAUACCAGACGAAUGGAGAAAAUACUCAAAAGAAGAUGCUAUUGAGAGUUUAGAUGAUUACAUUUAAUAGAGCACAUAAAGCUUGGGCUUAUAUAAGCCCAUGUCCAGGGGCGUUUCUAGGGUCGAAAGGGAUGAGGGGCUUAUCCCCAAAGAAGUCAAAGAUGUGGACAAUGUGGAGCUAUAAGUGAGGUUUAUUCAUAAACUAAUUUCGGGAGGAUCAUGUGCUUAUGAUUUAUCACAGCCGGUCUCAUAUUAAGCUAAUCAGUAUCAUCCAAUCAUAUGAGCCAUAAGCUACUAUAAAUAACCACAGUUUUCAAUCCACUUUAUCUUCGUUUGGAAGAAACCCCCUUCCUCCCCGUUCUCCUCCUUCACUAUAGAUCGGGCGGCACGGAGGCCCAGUGGUUAGCACUGUUAGCCCCACAGCAAGAACACUGCCAGCCCUGGUCCAGCCAGGUCGGUAGGUGUUUCUGUGAGGAGUUUGUAUAUUCUCCCCGUGUCCGCGUGGGUUUUCCCCGGGUUCUCCGGUUUCCUCCCACCAUUCAAAUAUAUUCAUCAUGCAUAACAAUCAAGCAUUUGUCUAGCCCCCUUUUUUCCUCACAUGUUCCCUUAGCUACUGCAGACGGGGAGUUCUGAGAUCCACCUAGCUCAGGCACCCCUCUCGCUCUGCAAACGGGAGGAAACCCCGGGCUCGAGGAUCCCUUGAGCUCGGGGCUCUCUCCCUGGACAGCAUGCCGAACAAGCUUUUGUUGAAUCAUCGGCUAAGUGUGAACUCUUGAAAUGCAUGUAAUGCCUGUUUCAUUCAUACUUGAGAAGUAGUAGAACAGUCCAGGACAUCAAUAACAUGGAUGACGGCAUCCAGCUAUUGCUGUAGUUGAAUGAAUAAAAAUAAGAUCAGAUUAAACAUAAAAAGGCUUUAACUGUGUUCUUCCAGCCAUUUUAGGUUUUUUCAUAAGAAUACAUUGAUUUAUAGUUCGAUGCUAACUGACAUAGC